AUGGACUCGAACAAGAACAAGGCAUUAGUGCGAGGCAUCCCAACACCUCCAGUAUUCGAUUCUGCACCCAACGUCCAUGCCGGUAUCCCCAUUCCUUCUUUCUCAAGUGCACCUGACUUCUCAGCAACAAGCCGUCAAGGCAGGCCAUCUCGACGUGAGCAAUCAUCCUCGCCUGACAAUUAUGAAGCAAGACAUCAUCACACAUCAUCGACACACCGCAGUAGCUCUCGUCGCCAUGAUCGUUCUCGUUCUCCAUCUCGUCGUCAUAGAUCCCGUUCACCCCAUAGAGGCAGUAGCAACAGACAUAGGCAUAGAUCCCGUUCACCAUCACAUCACAGUAGCAGCCGUCGCCAUGAGAGAUCAUCAUCACAUCGCCAUCGAAAGAAAUCACCAGAGAUUGUACACACUGGCACGCUGAACACGGGCAUGACGUUUGUGAUGGAUAGAAGAGGAGAUGCCGAUAACUUGAGGUAUGGAGGCAAUCACAUCUAUUCAAUACCAGAGUACAAGAGACGAGGAGGAGGAAGAGUGGUGGGAUUACCGCUUGACAAUCGCAUUGAUAACUCGGUUACCAAGGCAGGCCAAGUGUCUCUUAUUGAUCGAUUCGAUAAAAAGCCCUCGAGAUACACAGAUUCAAAUUAUGCUUGGAAAGAACUAGAUAAGAGCCUCAAAAGGAUUCGCAUCAAGCCAAAACACGACACACCAGAUCCAUUCGCAUCACAUGCAGACACCAUUCCAUUUGACAAUCACCUCAGCAAACAUGUAUUAGAGAACGAAACCUACGCAAGUAGUGGAGUUGAUUAUCGAUCAUUAGAAGGAAAUAAAGUGAAGCCAAGACAGCUAGAUGAGGAAGAAGACGAGGAGGAGGGCGAAAGUUUCAACGAUCAUAUACGUCAAAGAACUAUUGAUUUUAAUCGCAAAUUGGAUCAGCAACCAGAUAAUGUGCAACUGUGGUUAGAUUUUAUUCGAUUUCAAGAUGAAGCAGCAGCAGGAUUGGAUCCCUCCAUCACAACCACUUCUGCCAGCAGCAAUAAAUCCAGCUUGAACGAAGUCAAGUUGAGCAUCUUUGAAAAGGCUUUGGAUCACAACCCCACAGACGAAGAGCUGAUUUAUGAAUACCUGACGUGUGGAGCAGAGACAUGGGAGACACUGAAAUUGCUGAGAGAAUGGGACAAGAUGCUGAAGCAACAUCCAGACUCAAUUCGACUGUGGGCUGAAUACAUCAACCUGCGCCAAACCAACUUUGCAAGUUUCUCUUACACUCAAUGUGUCAAGGUUUUUGAAGAUGCCUUAUCCACAUUGAAGCGACAAGCCCACCGAUGCAAACAGGACGAUGUGGAGCGACGACAAGACAUUGAAUCGUUGAUGGUGUACAUUUUACUUCGAGCUUGCUUGUUUAUCAAGCAGUCUGGAUACCAAGAAAAGGCAUUUGCCAUCAUCCAAGCUGCAGUGGAAUUCAACUUGUAUCAGCCUGUUAAUUUCACCAUGAAGCAGCACUCGCUUGAAGAGAAAGUCAAUGCAUUUGUGGAGUUUUGGGACAGUGAAGUAUUGCGGUUUGGUGAGGCAGGUGCUCUCGGAUGGUGUGAAUACUUUCGAGCUACAGACAACAGAGAGGAGAUACUAGACACUGCAUUGGAUAAACCACCUACCAACGACAAUGAUGAUGAUAACGACAUGCUGUCCUUGCAGGACUGGCUUGCUGCUGAAAUGGAAAGCGAGCAAAAGAACCGCCUACCAUUGCGUAUGAAUCAAGCUGAGGAUGACAGUGUAGAUGAGGAUCCAUACCGCAUUAUUCUAUCCGAUGAUAUCACUUCAUUUUUGUUUGACACAACGACAGAAGAUGCUCGCCAAAGCUUGAUCUACAGCGUGCUCGUCUUUAUGGGCUUGCCGUACACACCACCUCAUGUUGGCACCAACACGCACUUUUUUACCGACACGUUUACGCACAACGAAAUGGCACUGAACCACUUUUGGCCUAGCAAACCGAGCACAACAAAGCAUCUUGUGUGGUACGUUGCUGGUGUCCCCAUGAAUCCUGAAGAGACCGCUUCCGAGGUGAACCCUUACUAUAUACCAAGCUCUUAUCCUGUGGGUUUGAAUGAAUUGUUUGCUAAACCAGGCAACUGGUUUAAAUGUGCAGGAAAAGAAUACAUACAGUGCGACGUGGACGAGGCAUUUACAAGAACCGUGUUUCAACAAUUACUAGCUGUCGAGAAAUCAGAGCACUUGACGAUAUGUUACUUGGCAUUUGAAUCCAGUUGUGGUCAAAAACCGGGUCGUCGAUUAGCCAAGUCGUUAUUGAAGGACCAGAGAACGAGCCUGACUUUGUGGAAUGCCUAUGCGCAAAUGGAAAAAAGCCAUGAUCGUAUGGAUGAGGCACGAAAGGUGUAUUUGACUGCCUUGUCCAUGUAUCACACAUUUCCAGAACAUGAGCAAAGAAACGCACCUAUCCUAUACCACAUGUUUGCCAAGCUGGAAUUGGAGAACAACAGACCUCAAGAAGCACUCAAGAUUUUAGCAUCCAUGUCCAGUAAUGAACCCUACAAUGAUCAAACGCCACCCCCAACGUCAACGUUAAUUCUAAAAACCAGAGAGUACUUUACUCAGAAACUAGCGCAACUAUCCACGUUAUCGCAAUCGCAAUCAGAGAGACCCAUUGCUAUUAAUAUGGUAGCAUGCUGUGGCUUAUUUGAGUACUUGUCGAGUGGGUUGGACAGUGCAUGCCUUGUGUAUCAACGUGCGCUUGAUUACAUCAAAGAGCGUCAAGCAGAGCGAGGAUAUGAAUCAGAGAUGGUGUGGAUUGAUUACGCCACCCUGCUUUACAGUCAUGCCACUACCAGCACUAGUUACAAACCGGGUUUAUUACGACAAGCCAUGGAGCAAGCGCUUACACUGUUUCCCAAUAACACCAUCUUUCUCGGCUUCUACAUUUGGAACGAAUCCAAAACCAAGAUAUUCAAUCGAGUGCAGCAUUUACUGAAUGAUGCGGUCAAGAAGGACUCCAAUGUUAUUUUAUGGCUCUCUGCCAUCUAUAGUGAAUUGCACAAGUAUACGCCAUACCAUGUCAACUCUGUCAGAGACUAUUUUGAGAGAUCGACGCAGGACACUCGUACAAGAUCAUCUAUUUUGCUGUGGAAGUGCUAUAUUCAGUUUGAGUUGAUGCAAGAUAACACUCAAAAGGCUCGCAGCUUAUUUUAUCGUUCAGUUCGCGAGUGUCCGUGGUCCAAAGAAUUGUACAUGCUCGGGGUCAAGUCGUUUGGCGCCAACAUGGAUGAAAAGGAAGCCAACGAACUGAUCAGCUUGAUGAUGGAGAAAGAGAUCCGACUUCGCAUUCCUAUUGACGAUGAGAUGUUGACAUGA